AUGGCGACGAGAAACCAACCAUCUGACGCCCAACCACCGACCACGCUCAACCUCUCCCUUGCGAAAUCAAUCACAUCCAUAUGGCCUUCCUCCAGAAUACGAGCAACAAUGGAGCGGCCAGGAUCCACGCUCCUCGUCUAUGCAGUCGUUACGGCCAAUCGAGUCAGCAGGAGCGAGCAGACGGACUCUUUUACUGAUUCACACGUGGUGCAUUCAAAGAUAUAUCCCCGAUAUAAGUCACGAAAACCCAUCGAGCAUGCUCGAGAUGACUUCAGCAAUUGGCUGACUCCUCAUGAGUCUCCUGACACAGAUGUUGUCCUUCUCGGCCACAGCUUGGGCGGAAUACUCGCUGCUGAAGUUGCACUGUUACAACCAUACUCACCAAAAGGUCCAGAUGCACGCCUGCAUCGGAUUCUAGGCAUCAUAGCUUUCGAUACCCCUUUUCUUGGCAUGCACCCAGGAGUGAUUGGCACAGGUAUCGCCGACAGGAUACCACAGAACGAUACCACAGCUUCGUCUAUAUCAGGGACUGGCAGCCUGUUGAGCCCUGCCGGCUCGCUCGCAUCAAGCAUCCUUAGCCAGAUACCGGACGAUCCUAACUACAAUCCCGCAUUUCCUAACGACGUGCGGACCGUGCAACGCAAUGGUCUCGAAAAGGCCCUAUACUUCAUCAACAAGCAUUCAGAUGGGCUAACCAAAGCAACGAAAGAAUACGUGACAUCGCACUUUGAGUUUGGCGGCUGCAUGGCAGACUAUCCUGGUUUGAAGAGAAGGUACAAUGCAGUACGAUCCUUGGAGGAUGUCGAUGAGCUGGCCCAGAGGAGAGAUUCGCAGGGUCGGCUCCUACGCCGAGUACGGUUUGUCAAUUACUACUCUGCAAGCACUGGGCGCCUGAAACCACCAAAAGUCCCCGUCGAGCCUCCAGCAACAGAGUUAAAGGAUAUGACCUUACACGUGGACGGUCAGUUAGUCGGGAUGAAGAGUGGCACCGCCACGCCGUCUACCCCGCGACUGUCGGUUGAGGAGCAUCGGGUGGAUGGUGGUAUAAUCCAGAAAACUCUGGAAGACAUGGAUCCCAAGCCUAUGUCGGAUAAUGAGGAAGGCGAUCAACCUCCUCAAACUACGCUUGCCUCUGAAAGUAGGGGUUCUGACUCUGAAAGCCCCAAGCUACACCAGCUUAUCGGCCAAGAACAGGCUGAGAGCCCUUCGCGUCAUCCUGUAGCCGAACACCCCGGAGAGGACGAUGGUCUUCCCUCCAUUCCUCCCCUGCCGCAACGUCCACCAGCCUUCAAUUCCUCCAAGUACACAGACCCAGAUCAUCUCAAGAUUGCACAAAAAGACCAUGCCCGACUGGUCAAAGCAUACGAACGUGCUAAGAAGGACCGGGAGAAAAGCAUCAACGACCGUGAGAAGCUCGUCAAGAAGCGGGAUAAAGCUGCCAAAAAGGAGGCCGACAAGCUCGCCAAGGCAGUAGCAGCGAAUCAGGCUGUUGAAGAGCGUCAAAACCUUAAGCGAUCGGCAACGCUCAACCCAGAGGUCUACGAGAAACAUCUGGCUCGGGACGCCGAAGAGCGUAGGACUGGCGCUAGUACUGAAGGUGAUCUACACAAAGUAAGGAAGCAGCGAGACAGGAAGUUUUGUACGCUGCCACCAAAAGAUCGCAGGACAGGAGUGAGGGAUCCCACUUGGAUACGGGUGUACAUGGAAGGUGUGGAUGAGGUGGUCGCGCACACAACCUUGUUCAACCCUGAAGGACAAACGUACGAGAGGCUGGUCGGUGACACUGCAGAGAGGAUAGAAGGGUGGUUGAAGGAGGCGCAAAGUGUUCAAACGGCGCUGGGAUGUUAG